AUGGCACGCACCAAAAGAAAGCCAAUCCAGCUUGCUACACCUCCACGCGCAAAACCUUUGUGGUUCGAAGGUCUUAGUAGCCGGGACAUUGACCACCUCACUUAUCUCAUCGAGUCGGGAAUGGACAAGAAUAGAGUCAAGAUUGAGCCUGGUGAGUCUUUAUUGCAGACCCGAACUACCUUUGCACGAGAUCAGCCAUAUACUAAUGCCGGGCUUGAAGACACCGCCACACAUGCCGAGCUCAGCAUGGCCAACUCUCAGACUGGCUCUGGACACGAAGAUGUCGCUGCAGCCAUACAAGACUCUACCAGCACCCACGAGCUCCCUGACGAGCAAGAAGAAACAGACGAAGAAGGCCACACCGUAGACGAGAACGAUGUUCUAACUUUCGAUUUCGGAACUGCUUCGCCUGCCGUCGAGGAGCCUCCAACCACGGCACGAGUCUUUCUCAAAUGCCGCAGAUGUCAAAACACAUUUGCGCGCCACUACCAACUUGUGGCUCACUUCUGGGAAGCACACCUGGAGCAGGAGAAUGUGGACUGGUUGCCAGGACCCGUUCACAGCCGUCAAGAGGAGAUCGUGCAGGAACUCAUCGGAUCCUUUGUUGACUACGAGAGCUCAGCUGGACUCCCUCCUCCUGUCCUCACCCAGCCUUCACCUCCUCAAGGCCCUCCAGCUGCAGCCCGCAUACCCUUUUCGCGUCCCCCUCCCUCUUAUGCAAGAUCGCAGUCGAGUAUGAUGAGUGUUUUCACCAUCGGCAACCAUGCUACCACCAGCGGCUCGCCAGGCAACAAUGCUCGUCGUCUACUUGCUCCUGAUCGGCCUGCUCAGCCUAUACUUCCUCAGCCUGCCAUGCCCUCUGCCACGCCUGUUUCUGCAGCCGCUGCUCAAGCAUUCCCUCCUGGUGCCUUGGAACCGGACCAACCCUUCAGACUUGGCCAGCCCGCCCCACUCGGUAUCAAGCUGCCAACCAACCGCAGCAUGACUACUUUCAAAUGGGAAGUUUACAAGCGCAGAGGAGGUUCGAGCGCAUUCAACUGGACCGACAAGAAAGACAUCAAGCUUGCAAAUCGCUGGCGCUCCCGUGUUAGCCAGGCCACCUUCAGAGGUUUGGGCAUCAGACUCGAUCGCCGCAAGAAGAGUGCCGCUGUUGCUGAGGUUGAUGACGACGAGGAAACUGAGGACGACGAAGCUCAGGCGGAACAGGGCGGUGGGGAGAUGGACACCAGAGAGGAAUAG